AUGGCGGAAAACAAAGGAGGCGGCGGCGGCGGGGACGCGGCCGCCGAGGCCGCGCCGGGCGGCGGCGGCUCCCUGGAGCCUCCCGCCGGCUCGCCGUCCGCCGCCGCGCCUCCCGAGGAGCGCGAGAGCCCCGGGGCGGCGGCGGCGGAGCGCGGCGGCGGCGAGGCCGAGGCCGAGGCGGCGGCGGGGCCCGGUGCGGCGGCGGGGCCCGGCCCCAGCCCGGUGCCGCCGCUGACGCCCGCGGCGCCGGGGCCGUUCUCGCUGCUGGACACGUGCGCGGUGUGCGCGCAGAGCCUGCAGAGCCGGCGGGAGGCCGAGCCCAAGCUGCUGCCCUGCCUGCACUCCUUCUGCCGCCGCUGCCUGCCCGAGCCCGAGCGCCAGCUCACCGUGCCCGUGCCCGGCGGCGCCAACGGCGACGUGCAGCAAGUGGGGGUGAUCAGGUGCCCCAUCUGCCGCCAGGAGUGCCGGCAGAUCGACCUGGUGGACAAUUACUUUGUGAAGGACACCUCGGAGAGCCCCAGCAGCUCCGACGAGAAGUCAGAGCAGGUGUGCACCAGCUGUGAGGACAAUGCCAGUGCUGUGGGGUUCUGUGUGGAGUGUGGGGAGUGGCUGUGCAAGACCUGCAUCGAGGCUCACCAGCGGGUCAAGUUCACCAAGGACCACAUGAUCCGGAAAAAAGAGGAUGUGUCCUCAGAAGCCGUGGGAGCAUCUGGUCAACGUCCUGUUUUCUGCCCUGUCCACAAACAAGAGCAGUUAAAGCUUUUCUGUGAAACCUGCGACAGGCUGACGUGCAGAGACUGUCAGCUACUGGAGCACAAAGAACACAGGUACCAGUUCCUGGAAGAAGCUUUUCAGAACCAGAAGGGUGCAAUCGAGAACCUCUUGGCCAAACUCCUGGAGAAAAAGAAUUAUGUAAAUUUUGCAGCUGCCCAAGUUCAAAAUAGGAUAAAAGAAGUAAAUGAAACCAACAAACGAGUAGAACAGGAAAUCAAAGUGGCCAUAUUCACCCUCAUCAAUGAAAUCAAUAAAAAGGGAAAAUCUCUGCUACAGCACCUUGAGAACGUGACCAAGGAGAGGCAGAUGAAGUUGCUGCAGCAGCAGAACGACAUCACUGGGCUGUCCCGACAAGUGAAGCACGUGAUGAACUUCACCAACUGGGCCAUUGCCAGCGGCAGCAGCACUGCCCUGCUCUACAGCAAGCGCCUGAUCACCUUCCAGCUGAGGCACAUCCUGAAGGCUCGCUGUGACCCCGUCCCUGCUGCCAACGGCGCCAUCCGCUUCCACUGUGACCCCACCUUCUGGGCCAAGAACGUGGUCAAUCUGGGUAACCUGGUCAUAGAAAAUAAACCAACCCCUAGUUACACUCCCAAUGUAGUGGUUGGGCAAACUCCUCCAGGAACAAACCACGUCAACAAAGCUCCAGGACAGAUCAACCUGGCGCAGCUUCGCCUGCAGCACAUGCAGCAGCAGGUGUAUGCCCAGAAGCACCAGCAGCUGCAGCAGAUGAGGAUGGCCCAGCCUUCCUCUGCCUCUGUGCCCAGGCAGAGCAGCCCCCAGGUCCUGCAGCAGCAGCCUCCCAGGUUGAUCAGCAUGCAGACCAUGCAGAGGGGUAACAUGAACUGUGGGGCUUUCCAAGCACACCAGAUGAGAAUGGCUCAGAAUGCUGCUCGUAUUCCAGGAAUCCCACGCCACAAUGGACCUCAGUACUCCAUGAUGCAACCUCACCUUCAAAGACAACACUCCAACCCCGGCCACGCCGGGCCCUUCCCGGUGGUCUCAGUGCACAACACCACCAUCAACCCCACCAGCCCCACCACGGCCACCAUGGCCAGCGCCAACCGCGGCCCCACCAGCCCGUCCGUGUCGGCCAUCGAGCUCAUCCCGUCCGUCACCAACCCGGAGAACCUGCCCUCGCUGCCAGACAUCCCCCCCAUCCAGCUGGAAGAUGCUGGUUCCAGUAGUUUAGAUAAUCUGCUCAGUAGGUACAUCACAGGCAGCCACCUGCCCCCACAGCCCACCAGCACCAUGAACCCCUCCCCAGGACCUUCAGCUCUGUCUCCAGGGUCAUCAGGUUUGUCCAACUCCCACACUCCUGUGAGGCCCCCCAGCACCUCCAGCACAGGCAGCAGAGGAAGCUGUGGCUCCUCAGGCAGGACUGCUGACAAAACUGGCAUUGGCUUCAAGGCUGACCAGGUGAAAGUAAAGCAAGAGCCAGGCACAGAGGAAGAGAUCUGCAGCUUCUCAGGAACAGUAAAGCAGGAAAAAACAGAGGAUGGCAGAAGGAGUGCUUGCAUGCUCAGCAGCCCCGAGAGCAGCUUGACACCACCACUAUCCACUAACCUCCACCUGGAGAGUGAGCUGGAGGCUUUGGGCAGCCUGGAGAACCACGUGAAGACAGAGCCAGCAGAUGUGGGCGAGAGCUGCAAGCAGCCUGGGCACGGCCUGGUGAACGGGAAGUCGCCGGCGCGCAGCCUCAUGCACCGCUCGGCCCGCGCGCCCGGGGAGGGCAGCAACAAGGACGACGACCCCAACGAGGACUGGUGUGCCGUGUGCCAGAACGGGGGCGACCUGCUGUGCUGUGAGAAGUGCCCCAAGGUGUUCCACCUCACCUGCCACGUGCCCACGCUGCUCAGCUUCCCCAGUGGAGAGUGGAUCUGUACAUUCUGCAGAGACCUGAGCAAACCUGAAGUGGAAUAUGAUUGUGACAAUUCCCAGCACAGCAAGAAGGGCAAGACAGCACAAGGCCUGAGUCCUGUGGACCAAAGGAAAUGUGAACGCCUCCUGCUUUACCUGUACUGCCACGAGCUGAGCAUUGAGUUCCAGGAGCCAGUCCCAGCCUCGAUACCAAACUAUUACAAAAUCAUAAAGAAACCCAUGGAUUUAUCCACGGUGAAGAAGAAACUGCAGAAGAAACAUUCCCAACACUACCAGACCCCCGAGGACUUCGUGGCCGACGUGCGGCUGAUCUUCAAGAACUGUGAAAGGUUUAAUGAAAUGAUGAAAGUUGUUCAAGUUUAUGCAGAAACACAAGAGAUUAAUUUGAAGGCUGAUUCAGAAGUAGCACAGGCAGGGAAGGCAGUUGCAUUGUACUUUGAAGAUAAACUUACAGAGAUCUACUCAGACAGGACCUUCCAGCCUUUGCCUGAAUUUGAGCAGGAAGAGGAUGAUGGUGAAAUAACUGAGGACUCCGAUGAAGAUUUUAUACAACCACGUAGAAAACGCCUAAAAUCAGAUGAGAGACCAGUGCAUAUAAAGUAAUCUAAUGAUAUGGACCUAAAAUUUAUUGUAAAAACUGUUAUUUAAGUGUUCCUGGAAUAUUAUCAUGCCUACAGUGGCCAUCUUGCAGAAGCUGAUAGCUUUUUAAACAGUAUUAGAUAACAAAAAACACUUGUACAGAAAAACAUUCGCAUCAAAAGGGGAAAAAAAACCUGUAUUGUAAAUUUUUGGUGGUUUGUAUUUUUUUUUUUUCCUUGAUUACUUGCUAUAUUCUUUCUUUUCCUGCUGGAGGGGACACACUCAUGCUGGUCUCACAGACAGAGGUGGAGGAAUGUUGAAGAGAAGCAGAUUUGAUAGGAGAUGUUCCAUGUACAGAUAAGCCUGUAGUGACACUGGACCCACUCAGUGACUGUGUCUUGCAUUCCACUGCAGUGUAAACUGUGAGCAGAGCUCCUGAAAUCCCCUCUGUGUCCACCCAAGUGUGUGUUGGUCGUUGCUUUGAUCAUCUCAUUGAAGCAGGACUGUGAAUAACUGAUCUUCUGUGUCCAUCCAAGUGUUGACAUUUUUGCUUUCUUUACUCCAUUUCAUGUAUAGCGAAAGGAAGAAGAAAGAAAAAUCAUUAAACUGUUCUGAAUGGGCGAGUGCAGGAAUGGGAGGCAGAUGAAAGGCUAAGCUGGUGGCUCCAACCCCUCUGAGUAGGACAAGGUGUAUUUAUUAAACUCCUGUACCCAGAACAUUUUAAUGGCAUCCAUGGCAGAAGUCUCAGCGUUGUCAUCUGUCCCUGACCCCCUGACGAGGCAGAAUGUUCUCUCCAGUGUUCAUUCUCUACUUUUCUGUACUUAAAAUAUAGACUGAAGAGGUAAUAACUGGUUGGGGUGUUUUUCCAGUCUUCCUAAAUAUCAGUUUCUAAUAGACCACUCGGCAAACAAUAACCUAUUAACUACCAAAUGUGUAAAAUUUCCUGUAUUCACUUUGUCUUAUUUGUAAAUAGUGAAUUGAGAUUUCUUGCAGCUCAGCAACAUUUGCUGAACUGUUUUUAAGCUAAUAUGUAUUCUUAUUGAUUGUUCCUAUCAAGAAAAGAUUUGUAAUAUAUGCUAUUUCUAACAUUGCAUUCAUUUUGAGGUUCUGUCUUAUUUUUCUUAGAGUACUUCUCAGAACUUUCUUCAGAAGCAGCUUGUGAGGGAAAUGUGCAGGAAGAUUGGAAUCAGUCUGAGUUUGGGUUGCCUGUCCAUCCAUUGAACAAAGCACUUGCACAGGGUUUGGCCUUGAGUGGUUUUUGGUCAAAAAGUGAGAACUGAACAAUUUCCCAAUUCCUCAGUAACCCCUGGGGCACCUCUGCAGUGCCUUCCCUUGCAUUGCCUCCAUCCCAGCAUUCCUGGUUAGAAAUCAUGGAAUCACAAGGAGUUACAGCUCCAGGAGUUGUUUUCUUUGCUGACACAAGUCAGUCCUAGAAAUAAAUACAAUUUCUGGCCUUCAGAUUGAUCUUGUUAAAGGAAGUUGAAGAAUUCGUGGAACCAAUGAGCUCAAGAUGGCAGACUCUGAGUUUGCCAUGGUUUGUGUGGAUCCAGCAAUUCUGUGGGAGAUCCCUGGGGGUUUGGUGUGCUCAGCACAACAAUUCCUGUGACAUUGUCCACGCUUUACCAUCAUGGUAAAGAGAAAUAUUUUAGCACAAUAUCAAAUGGAGAAAUGCUCUCAGCAGUUUUUAUGCAAAUCACUGCAGAUUUGGUUUCUUUUGUAAGAACCAGGUCUGUGUACCUUGGGAUUCUCCCUCUUGCAAUAAAUGAGGGGACUGAAGGUUUUUUAACUUCCAGCUCACUUCUUCACUCAAAUGUUACACUUCAAACUCAAACUGGUUGUUUUUUUUAAAUUUCUUAGACAUGAACAGUGCUGUUUUAAGUUUAUUUUUUACCAGUUUGUAUGUGAAAGGAAAAGGAAUUCCACUUCAACAUAUUAAAUUGACAAAGAGCAACAACUUUGCCUGUGGAAAAGCUGAUGUGUGAAUAGGACACUGGUAGUGACAAGGGAUCAUUUCAUGGCUCUGUGUAUUGCCUAUUUAUGCAUUUCUAGUUUCUCAGCUUCAUUUUGCAAAAGGAAUAUUAUUAAAAUUAUCAUGAAAAUAAGAUUCUGUGAGCUCUCUUCACUCGGGCCUCCUGUUUUUUUUGUGGCACUUUGGUACCUUCAGGCCUCACCUUUUGAGCUUUUCCCUGGGCAGCAGCUGGGGAUUGGAUCCUGCAGAGACCCUGGGGAUGAGCCAGAGUGUGGGGUGGGCAUGGGGGAUCCCAGAUGGAGUCAGGGGGUCCCAGCAUAGGACAGGGGCAUCCCAGGUGGAGUUCAGGGGGUCCCAGCAGAGUUCAGGGGAUCCCCAGAUGGAGUUCAGGAAUUCCCAGCAUAGGACAGGGGGAUCCCAGCAGAGCUCAGGGGAUUCCAGAUGGAGUUCAGGGGGUCCCAGCAGAGCUCAAGGGAUCCUGUCAUAGGACAGGGGGAUCCCAGCUGGAGUUAAGGGGAUCCCAUAUGGAGUUCAGGGGAUCCCAGCAUAGGACAGGGGGAUCCCCAGAUGGAGUUAGGAAUUCCCAGCAUAGGACAGGGGGAUCCCAGCAGAGCUCAGGGGAUCCCAGAUGGAGUUCAGGGGAUCCCAGCAUAGGACAGAGGGAUCCCAGAUGGAGUUCAGGGGAUUCCAGAUGGAGCCCAGGGGAUCCCAGCAGAGCUCAAGGGAUCCUAUAAUAGGACAGGGGGAUCCCAGGUGGUGCUCAGGGGAUCCCAGCUGGAGUUAAGGGCAUCCCAUAUGGAGUUCAGGGGAUCCCAGGUGCAGCCCAGGGGAUCCCAGAAGAGCUCAGGACAUCCCAGCAGAGCACAGGGGGAUCCCAGAUGGAACCCAGGGGAUCCCAGUGGAGCUCAAGGGAUCCUGUCAUAGGACAGGGGGAUUCCAGGUGCAUCCCAGGGGAUCCCAUAUGGAGUUCAGGGGCUCCCAGAUGGCGUUCAGGGGAUCCCAGCAGAGUUCAGGGGAUCCCAGGUGCAGCCCAAGGGAUCCCAGCAGAGCUCAGGGGAGCUCAGCAUAGGACAGGGGGAUCUCAGAUGGAGCCCAGGGUAUCCCAGUGGAGCUCAAGGGAUCCUAUAAUAGGACAGGGGGAUCCCAGGUGCAGCCCAGGGGAUCCCAUAUGGAGUUCAGGGGAUCCCAGCAGAGUUUAGGGGAUCCUGGGUGCAGCCCAAGGGAUCCCAGCAGAGCUCAGGGGAGCUCAGCAUAGGACAGGGGGAUCUCAGAUGGAGCCCAGGGUAUCCCAGUGGAGCUCAAGGGAUCCUAUAAUAGGACAGGGGGAUCCCAGGUGCAGCCCAAGGAAUCCCAGCAGAGCUCAGGACAUCCCAGCAGAGCACAGGGAGAUCCCAGAUGGAGCCCAGCUGGAGUUCAGGGGAUCCCAAAUGGAGCACAGUGGGAAGGACCCCAAACCCUCCAGAGAAACUCAGUGUCCCCCUGGCUGCUGCAGGAGCUCUGCUCCCCACCCAGAGCCCAGAGCAGUUCCCAGUGUUCUGGGACAGCCUUUCCUUUGAGGUGGCCUCUCCAACACUUCACUGCAGGUGGAGAACUUGGCCAGCUCGUGCUCAGCAUCUUCUGCACGCCAGGGGUGCAGCUGGGCUGGGCCUUGCUGGGCCUGAGCUCUUCCCUUGCACCCUCCAGAGCUGCUCCUCCCGCCCAUCCCCAGUGCUCAGCAGGAUUAUGUGGAAUUUUGAAUGUGUGCAAGGAAUCUCAAGUGUUUCCUUUAUACAAGGAAACAAAACAUUCUCUCCUCCUCCUUCUUCUUCUUCCCCUUCAUUUUUGAACUCCCAAAGCAGCAAUUCAGUGAUUGUUUUGAAAGCAGCAAAGUUCUAUUAGAAAUUAUUUCAAUGAUAAACUCUGCUAAUCCCUUCCCUGGUCCUGUAGGCUGGGUGUUCAUCACAGAACUGGGAAGGGUUUGCUCAGUGGGAAUAAUUUUUGGUGUAACUCAUUAGUGGGUUUGUAUUAAUGAGCCACAUUAAUUCUCUGGGCAUCUUCUCCAUGCCAGCUGCUGGGUGUGCAGUGUGUGAGUGGGAAAUCAGAGCACAGAUUACAUCAGGAAAUCUGUAAAAUUGGGGUGGCAGGAGGAAUCUGGCACUUGGUGCAACUCUGCCCUCAUUUAAAAUACUCCCAAAAAUUUAUGUCUCCGUUUUGGCUGAGAAUUUUUGUUGUCCCUCAAGUUUUAAGUGAAUCCAAAGAAGGAAAAGGCAGUUUGAAAUGAGAGUGCAAAGUGCCCAGUGUGAGCAGCUGUCCUGCCAUGGAUUCCUGGUGAUGAGGGGAAAUUCAACAGCUCAGUGGGCUCAGGGCUUUUAUUUUGCUGUGCCCUGGAAUGAAGUGGCCUAGAGCACAAUAAGGCAGAGCUGUAAUUGAUAAAAAGGGGAUUUCUCCAACUUGUGCAAACAAAAAUGCUCAGUUCAGUGUGGAGAGGUUGUUCCUCAGUGGGGGAUGUCACUGUGACACUCUUCAUGCUGGAUCAAACAUCUCAAGUCACUGGAAAAGUCCCUAAAAUGAGCCCAAAUUUCUGGUUUAUCCCCUGGUUUUGGCUGACAUGGAAUAGUUUAGGUUAUUGCAGCAGUAUUUUCAAUCCGUUUGUGUGGUGUACUGGGAAUUGGCUUUUCCCAGUUGGCUUUUCCUUGUUUUUCUCACUCUCUUCCUCAGAAAAAAGCAAUAAAACUGCUUUGUCGUUUGCCUGUCAGCAUGACAGGAAUCCUCUCCUUAGGAUAACGAUUUUAUAGGGAAGUUUGUAUGCAAAUCACCAAGCCUAGCUUUUAAAAACAAAGUCUGCAGCAGUUCCUGACAAUAUAGAGUGUGGCAUUUUAUUUUAAAAAGUUGGGGAAAGUUCCAUAUUUUUUUAAGAAGUAGCUGUUUGAACAAAUAAUGGAGGUACUUUUUUAAAAUAAAAAUGUAAAUGCCACAGUUUACACAGAUGGCACGUAUGGAUUGUAUCUUUGGGUAUGGUGAUUUAUUUUGUCUUCUCAAAGUGUGUGUGCAGUAACUCUUCCAUCUACUUCCACUUGGCUUAUGGGGAUCCUUUUUGCUGCUUUCUGAUGCAUCAGGAUUGAAGCAGCUUUCCAAAACUGCAGUUAAUUUGGGAAUCUAUUAUAAGUGGACUGUGAGAUGGAUGAAAUGCAGGUUGGGCCUUUUCUGUUGGGUGAAAUCACAGCUGGAAUAGAAUUUAGAAUAGAAUUUAGAAUAGAAUUUAGAAUAGAAUUUAGAAUUGAUGGGAUUUCUACAAAGAGAGGCACUGGAAUGUUUUGUAAGCUGGACUUUGGCAGGAUUCAGCCUGGAGUGAGCUCCCUGCACACCUGUGCUCACCUGCACUGGGGGAAUUUCAGGCUCAGAGCACCAGGACAUGUGUAAAUAAUCCUGUACAGAUCUGUGCAGUGCAAAGCUUGUUUCACAUGUAAGCAUCCUCCUGGAAGGGUUCAAUCAUGGCAUUCUUUGAUUCUUCAAUUAUUUCCUGCUUCCAGUACUGGAGUUGGCUCAUUUUGCACAUAAUAAACUUGCCUCAUCUUUUAAUAUGAUUCUUCAAAAAAACCCCAAAAGCUGUUUCUGUGAUAUUGUAUUAUCUGAAUCAUCCUAUUUAACUUUUUUUUUUUUUAAAGUUAUUGUUUCAAAUUGUUCUGUUCUUGUGUUUUUUUGCUGGUGUGUAAUUAAAAUCAAAUUUUUCUUUCCCUGGUUAUUUAAUACUUUAGCUGCCUGUAAAUAUUUCUUGUUAAGUGCUCUGGAAUGUGCUGUAGAAGUUGUAUUAGCUCAGUUUAAAGCAUUGUUUGGAACCCAUUUUGGUUGGUUAUUUCUAUUAAAUUAGAAAAAUCAUUCUUUCA